AUGUCCAGAGUCAAGUCGCCGCGCCGCGGAACGACAAGGACAGACAAACAUACGAGUGUAGCUUGCCGCUAUGCCUCGGCGCCGCUGCUCAGCGAGAGUCGGUCACAGCUCGAGGUCCCGCCAACGCCACAGCUUUUGCAUGGCUCGACCAAGGCGGGGUACCUCACCAAGCACAACACGGGCAAAUGGAUGCGUCGGCGGUGGCACCAGCGCUGGUUCGUGCUUGAGAAUGGCGUGCUCUCGUACUACAAGUACCGCGACCGCGCGUAUGCCCAAGGCGCGUUGCAAUUGCACGGGACCGGGGCCCUCUUGACGAUCCAGGGGGACCUCCCCCCGGGCACGCCAACACCGUUCUGCUUCAACAUCUCGGUUGGCGUCAAGUCGCUCCUUGUGUGCGCCGAGUCGGACGACGAUUUUCGUGAGUGGACCAAUGCCAUCUCCGCCACGAUUGGUCAAGAAAGCGCAUCCUUGGAUGUCGCCGUGAGCGCGCCACCACCCCGCCCCACCGCCCUCAACAACUAUGUCGAGGCCGUGCCUUCCUGGGACGCGUUUGCGUUGCCACCAAUAAGUCUCGGCUCGCUCGCCAGUGCCAACCUUCUCAUCGCGCUGAUUCGGUACGGCAACGCCGCGACGCUCUUGGGGGUUCUUGGGCUGCUCAACGCAGCGUGUGUUUACUGGUUUUACCAAACUCGCAUCGGCGCGACGUCUCCGAACCCAAAGCAACCGCUAAGCGACGGUCCACCUUGCCCAGCACUCGCGCCGACGAUCGAGACUGUGCCAAAGGCCCCGAUCUUGGGCACCAUCAAUGGCAACAAGGCGAAUGCCGGCUGCUCGUUGCCGCAGUGCGCGGCCGACGACUGUGUGCCGGGGUCGUGGGCCAUCUUGGACGCGACGCGCUUUAACCUUCGCCUCGGCCCCCAGUACCGGAAAACAAAACGCAAGGGCCCGUCGGCCCCAGCGCUACUGGACCUUGUCGCGACGGACGUGUACCGCUCGGACACGAAGAUCGACAACAUCGGCAACAUUGUGCAGCUUCCGAUGCGCCCGUCGACGUCCACUGCCUUGCUACGCUCCGUCCAAUCCUUUGGGGACGGCGAUGGCUUCAACUUUGUGACGUACUAUGCUAUCCCCGAGGCUGUUCGGGACAAGCUGCAAAUGGAACCGCCGUGCAUCGAGCCCGCCAUUCGUCUCUUGCGUGCAUUUCUGGACGACGGCAACGACCCAAUCAUCCGCGACCGCCUCAAGGCGAUCGGUAUCGUCGUCAACCCGGCCGAGCAAGCGCUCGGUCGAACCGAGCGGCACUUGCUCGAGACGUACAAUGGACAGCCCAUCUUGACGCGACCACAGCACCGGUUCUACCGCGGCGACGGGUACUUUGAGGUCGACAUUGACGCGCACUUGUUCAACUACGUGGCGCGCAAGGGGCUCUGCGGUGUGACUGACCACUUUGGCAACAUGGUGGUAGACUUUGGCUUCGUUCUCGAGGGCCAGGAGGACGACGAGCUGCCCGAGCAAAUCCUUGGCUGCGUUCGGCUUUGCAAAGUUGACGUCAAGACGGCCCCGACCAUGUCCUGA